AUGCAAACCGAUCAGGAAAACCAACAUGCAAUAGUUAUUGAGGAAAAUCAGGUUGUUGUCUUAAAUGCAAGUCAACAGGAGGAGGCAAAUGAGGUCGCUGAGGGUGAAGGAAAAAAUGUUGAGCAAGAUUUAUUGGGGAAUCGGCUGGCUGACACAACGACUCAAAUGGAAUCCCAAAUCUCAAUUGGGUGUAAUAACCAAGGUAUGCUUCAAGUUAAUAUUUCCAGAGGAAGGGAUAAAGAUAACUCAUAUCUUAGGCAUGGAAAGAGACUAAGAAUGGAUCAAGGGGAGUCUAGCAAUAGGGGUAAAUCAUCUUCUCAACCCUUAGAAAAUUUCACCCAGUACCCAACUAAUAUUCUGAAAUAUACUGCAAUUCAUAACAUUAGAGAGGAAAAUCAAAGUGGGGAAAUUUUAGGUGAAAAAAUUGAUAGGAAUUUGCUUAGAAACUAUCUUGAUAUGAGUGGAUUUGAUGUUUCUUUUGAUGAUUACAAUGCCCAAAACAUAGAUCCAGCGAAUUUUCAUCAAUCAGGAGCUUUUAAAGGUCAUAUUGAAGCCCUAAUUUCUCAGUAUGAGCAAAAUCAAACCAUCCAAAACUCUUCUAAUCAACAUGAAAUAUAUACUUCAAACACUCAUGUAAUAAUUGAUGAUCCAAAUUGCACACCUAACUUGUAUCCUCCUUAUCAAGGGACAAUCUCAGAGCAAAACUACGCUCGAAGGUUCAAAGAAAAAGCCCCAUCUGCUGCUGAUCAGGAAGGAUCCAAGGCAUCAAGGGAAGAUUCAUCUAUGGAGGGCUAGAUGCGGAACAAGUAGAGUGCUUGGACUUCAAAGAAGCAGUGUUAUGGGCUAACUCUCUGAAUCUAAAAUAUGUAAUGUUCGAGCCGGAUUGUCUUAAUCUAGUUAAAACUAUCAUAGAUGCUACCCCUUAUGUAAAUUGGUGGAGUCAGGGGAUUGUAGAAGAAAUAAAGCAUCUCUUGUCUAGUAGUAAUGUAUGUCAGGUCAGUCAUGUUAAGAGAACAGGCAACAUCACAACUCAUAAUCUGGCUAACAAAGCUAGAAAAAAAAAAAGCUUCUUUUGAUUUUUGGAAUACCAUCCCAGUUUGGUUAGCCGAUAUUGUAAGGGAUGAAGAAGAAAGCCUGAUGUUAUGUAA